ACCCCGACAUAGAUCACGCCACAUCUCUCCCAAUUCGGCACCUGGAGAGAGCAGACAAGCGGCCAUGAUGAACCAACGAGAGCAGAUGGAGCAGAGGGGUCAGUUCAGGAUCACCGUGUGGGAGGAGGAGCACUUCCACGGUAAACGCUGCGAAUUCAUGCUAGAGUGCCCCAACAUCCUGGAGAGGGGCUUCCAGAAGAUCCGCUCCAUCAAGGUCGAGAACGGCCCCUGGGUGGGUUAUGAGUAUCCCGAGUACCAGGGCCAGCAGUUUAUCCUGGAAAAGGGAGACUAUCCCUGUUACCAGGCCUGGAGCGGCAACAGCGGCUACCGCACUGAGCACCUGCUCUCCUUCAGACCAGUCAAGUGCGCUAACCACAGCGACAGUAAGGUGACCCUGUACGAGUGUGAGGAUCUCCAGGGACGCAAGUUUGAGAUAUGUGAUGACUACCCAUCCCUCCAGGCCAUGGGCUGGUGCAGUAAGGAGGUCCCCUCCAUUAAAGUGAACUCUGGAGCGUGGGUGGGCUACCAGUUUCCCGGUUACCGUGGAUACCAGUACAUCUUCGAGAGAGACAGACGUCAGGGCGAGUACAAAAACUAUAACGACUUUGGCACCCAGGCGCACACCAAUCAGAUCCAGUCUAUCCGCCGCGUGCAGCACUAAACCCGCUCCCCAUUGGCUGCUCCGUACCUACCCUAAUGUGACGUGACACCUGACAACAUCGGCAAUAAACGCUCAUUCAAACUCCAGAGAAGAAUAAUAAACACAGAGAUUCUGCUUGUCGACAUUCUAUUGCUCAAUAAAAGUCUGCGUCAGGAAAAUUGAA